CCCGUGUCAGAGGCACUAGCCCGAUCCCUGUCAUUUACCAUGGAUAUGAACCUGGCCGGGAUGGGCCAGUGUUUGGAUCUCCAUGCGGAUGUGACAUUUCAGAGAAGAGCGCGACCGCCAUUUUGAGAUUUACCUCAGACUCAACACACCAGAAACCACGGGAGGAGCGGGUUGAAAGCCACUCAGCUCAUGCUAACGUUGUAUGACCGGGCACAUUUCGUGCAAGAAACGAGAGAUUAGCUAGAAAUGCAGCGAGGUGUCGCGUUUUGUCGUUUAUGGUUUUAGGGGCGGUUUGGGGGAACUGGUUUAUCUCGGACCGUGGCAAUCUCCGCCAACUUCCAAAUUGACGUUAGUGCUAUUCCGUAUUGGAAACUGGUUUGAAUGGAUAGCUCUUUCCUCCGCUCUCCCCCAGACGAGGGACAAUCGGAGGAGCACACGGAGCAGGGAUAUCGCAGACAAAGUUGUUGAGUGAAUGUCUACGGUAAAUGACCCCUUUGUUUUCAUUGUUGUUGUACCUAUAUCACUAGUUGGCUGCCUAGUGUCAGGUAGCUUAACAUUAGCUACAAGCAGGGUAAUUGUUCCUCAAGGUGCAGGUUGUGCUGUGAGUUAUCGUGUUGCCUCACAUUUCCCGGGGUAAAACCGAAUUGAUUUAGCAAAUUUCAGUGGGCCUCCCUCUCCGGAGCCCCGGCCCAUCCAUCACAGCCCUCGCAGUCAGCCAGUGACUUGCGCCCACCAAAAGCGCCGAAAUUGGGCGAAUAGCGAGCAAAUACGUCCGCGUUUCUCUACCCGCUCCCCCACCGACCUCCCCUCCUCACUCCCCGGCGCUGACGGCGGACAAGCUCGAGGUCGCAACAGAACAGGCCCUGCCGCCGAGGCUCGACCUGUCCACCCCACCUCCACAUCCUACCACACCUCACCAGCAGUCCAGAACCCGGUUCCCCACCGAGCCGACCCUGGACAAGGUCGAGGGUAACAGAGAUAGCAGGGACCAGCGCAUCACAACCACAGCAACAGCUGCCAACAUGAACCACCACCAUCACCACACGCAGCAGCAGCAGCAGCAGCAACAGAAAGCCGGCGAGCAGCAGCUCAGCGAACCAGAGGACAUGGAAAUGGAAGCUGGGGACACAGACGACCCUCCAAGAAUCCCAGCCAACCCAGUGAUCAAUGGUAACGUGGCCAUGGCAGAUGGACACAACAACACAGAGGAGGAGAUGGAGGACGACACCAGUUGGCGGUCAGAGGCGACUUUCCGGUUUGUGGUAGAGCGCUUCAGCCGCCUGAGUGAGUCGGUGCUCAGCCCGUCCUGCUUUGUCCGGAAUCUUCCAUGGAAGAUUAUGGUGAUGCCGCGCUUCUAUCCUGAUAGGCCACACCAGAAGAGUGUGGGCUUCUUCCUGCAGUGUAAUGCAGAGUCAGACUCCACGUCAUGGUCAUGCCACGCACAGGCCAUGCUAAAGAUCAUCAACUACAAAGAUGAUGAGAAGUCCUUCAGCCGCAGGAUCAGUCACCUGUUCUUCCACAAAGAGAAUGACUGGGGCUUCUCCAACUUCAUGUCCUGGAGUGAUGUGACUGAUCCAGAGAGGGGCUUCAUCGAUGAUGACAAAGUCACAUUUGAAGUCUAUGUCCAGGCAGAUGCUCCACAUGGAGUGGCCUGGGACUCUAAGAAACACACAGGCUAUGUUGGACUGAAGAACCAGGGAGCGACCUGCUACAUGAACAGUCUGCUACAGACACUCUUCUUCACCAACCAGCUACGGCGGGCGGUGUACAUGAUGCCCACAGAGGGAGACGACUCGUCCAAGAGUGUUCCUCUGGCAUUGCAGAGGGUGUUCUACGAGCUGCAACACAGCGACAAACCUGUCGGCACCAAGAAACUCACAAAGUCCUUCAGGUGGGAAACACUAGAUAGCUUCAUGCAACAUGAUGUACAGGAGCUGUGCAGAGUGCUCCUGGACAAUGUGGAGAAUAAAAUGAAAGGCACUUGUGUUGAGGGAACCAUCCCCAAACUCUUCAGAGGAAAGAUGGUGUCAUAUAUCCAGUGUAAGCAUGUGGACUACCGUUCAGAGCGGAUAGAGGACUACUAUGACAUCCAACUUAGCAUAAAAGGAAAGAAGAACAUCUUUGAGUCAUUCAAAGAUUAUGUUGCAACUGAACAAUUAGAUGGAGACAACAAAUACGACGCUGGAGAGCAUGGCCUGCAGGAAGCAGAAAAAGGAGUGAAGUUCCUUACCUUCCCUCCAAUCCUUCAUCUGCAGCUGAUGAGGUUCAUGUAUGACCCCCAGACCGACCAAAAUAUCAAGAUUAAUGACAGGUUUGAGUUUCCUGAUCAGUUACCUCUGGAUGAGUUCCUUCAGAAGCCAGACUCCAAGGACCCAGCCAACUACAUCCUCCAUGCAGUGCUGGUGCACAGUGGAGACAACCAUGGCGGUCACUACGUCGUCUAUCUUAACCCUAAAGGAGACGGCAAAUGGUGUAAGUUUGAUGAUGACGUGGUGUCACGGUGCACCAAGGAGGAGGCCAUAGAGCACAACUAUGGUGGACAUGAUGAUGACCUCUCAGUGCGCCAUUGCACCAAUGCAUACAUGUUGGUCUAUAUCCGUGAGUCCAAGCUCAGCGAGGUCCUCCUGCCAAUGACUGACGUGGAUAUUCCUCAGCAGCUGGUGGAGCGUCUGCAGGAGGAGAAAAGGGUGGAGGCACAGAAGAGGAAAGAGCGCCAAGAGGCUCAUCUCUACAUGCAGGUUCAGAUGGUGACAGAGGACCAGUUCUGUGGUCAUCAGGGCAAUGACAUGUAUGACGAGGAGAAGGUGAAAUACACAGUCUUUAAGGUCCUGAAGAGCUCCACUCUGCAGGAGUUUGUCCAGAACCUCUCCCAGACCAUGGGAUUCCCACAGGAUCAGAUGAGGCUGUGGCCCAUGCAGGCCCGGAGCAAUGGAACCAAGCGGCCCGCCAUGCUCGACUACGAGGCUGACUGCAACAAGUCGAUGAUCGACUUGAGCGACAAUGAGAACCCCUGGACAAUAUUUCUGGAGACAGUGGAUCCUGAGAUGGCUGCCAGUGGGGCCACAUUACCCAAGUUUGACAAAGACCAUGAUGUCAUGUUGUUCUUGAAGAUGUAUGACCCUAAAACCAGAAGCUUAAAUUAUUGUGGACAUAUCUACACACCUAUAUCCUGCAAAAUAAGUAACCUCACUUUGACAAUGUUUCCCACAAUGCUUUGUGUAUUACAGGAAGUAAAGCCCAAUUUAACAGAGCGGAUACAGGACUAUGAUGUCUCUCUGGACAAGGCCCUGGACGAGCUCAUGGACGGGGACAUCAUUGUCUUCCAGAAGGACGACCCAGAAAACGACAGCAGCGAACUGCCUACGGCUAAGGACUAUUUCCGGGAUCUCUACCACCGGGUGGAUGUCAUUUUCUGUGACAAGACCAUCCACAACGACCCCGGCUUUGUGGUCACGCUCUCUAACCGCAUGAAUUAUUUUCAGGUGGCCAAGACGGUAGCGCAGAGGUUGAACACGGAUCCCAUGCUGCUGCAGUUCUUCAAGUCACAGGGGUACAGGGACGGUCCAGGGAAUCCUCUCAGACACAACUAUGAGGGGACGCUCCGGGACCUGCUGCAAUUCUUCAAACCUCGGCAGCCCAAGAAACUCUACUACCAGCAGUUAAAGAUGAAGAUAACAGACUUUGAGAACAGGAGGAGUUUUAAAUCCAUAUGGCUCAACAGCCAGUUCAGAGAGGAGGAGAUCACCCUCUACCCUGACAAGCAUGGCUGUGUGCGGGACCUUUUGGAAGAAUGUAAAAAGGCAGUGGAGCUCUCUGAAAAAGGCUCUGAGAAGCUCAGACUGUUAGAGAUAGUAAGCUAUAAAAUCAUUGGGGUUCACCAGGAGGAUGAGCUGCUAGAAUGUUUAUCUCCGGCUGCUAGCCGCACCUUCAGAAUAGAGGAGAUUCCUUUGGACCAAGUGGACUUGGACAAGGACAGUGAAAUGCUAAUCCCUGUUGCUCACUUCCACAAGGAAGUCUUCGGCACCUUUGGGAUCCCCUUCUUGCUAAAGAUCAGACAGGGUGAGUCAUUUCGGGAGGUGAUGAGGAGGAUCCAGACCAUGCUGGACAUCCAGGAGAAAGAGUUUGAGAAGUUCAAGUUUGCCAUUGUGAUGAUGGGGCGGCAUCAGUACAUCACUGAAGACGAGUAUGAGGUCAACCUGAAGGAUUUUGAGCCACAGCCAGGUAACAUGUCCCACCCGCGCCCCUGGCUAGGGUUGGAUCAUUUCAACAAAGCUCCAAAGAGAGGUCGCUACACCUACCUGGAGAAAGCAAUCAAGAUCCACAACUAAAGCAGCCUGCCCUUCCUCUUUGUCCUCCUCAUCCUCCUCCUGCUCCGCCUUCCUCCCGACCUACUUUAACACACCAUAACCACAGACUGUAACCAACCUUGUGUGUGUUUGCGUGCGAGAGGGUGUGUGGGCGUGCGUGCUCGUAUGUGUGCGUGUUCAUCGCCUUUAACACCCUGCUUGGGCACCUCUACAGCUCUGCACCGGCACUAUGUCUUCAGAGAAAUGGAUCUUGCUGCAGCUGACAGAUUAUUCUUCAACCACAAAAUAAACUGCACCAACCACCUCCUGACUGUUUAGUUUUGUUUUAUAAAUUCUCUCUCUGUGUUUGAGGCUGUUCAUUUGGUUUUAUUUUUUUCUGCCUGUCUGGAAGUGGGAGAAAUUGGAUUUUAAUAUAAAUUAAGCAAAGAGGAAGUGUGACAUAGUACAAGUGAGUGUAUAUGUAUAUACACACUAUACAGUAUAUAUAUAUAUGAACUUCUCCCACUUUGCUCAUAUGAGAUUUUCUUUUUUUCUCCUUCAGAUUUUUAGGGGUUUUUAAAUAAAGUGUUUGAAGAGGCAUCAUGCUGCUGUGUGGAGAGUUUGCUGGAAGGUUGUUUGCGGGACUAAUAGAAAAAUGGGGAGCGGGCCAGUGGUCACUUUGUGGAAGGCUUUUCUUUUGUCCCCCUUGAUGCAACAGAUGCAAUCUGGUGUCAGGCCUGAGACUCGUGUGUUGCACUGAUGCAGUUCUUUAUAUUUUCUGCUCCCAUCCUUUAGUAUAACAAACCCAACUUAUUUGACUUAUUUGGUUGGAGGUUCUUUUUUUUCCACCUCAUUCUGUAGGUCUUGUAUAACAAUAAUCUCCAUCUGCUUAAAAUAAAUGGGGGAGAAAUAAGGAAACUUACAAUUCAUCUUGCACUUAAUGUCAGAGGUUUCUCAGGACUGGCAACUGUAUGUUUUGGUUGUGGUUUUCAGCUGUUAAGUGAUUUGAAAGGAACACUCGCACAUCUGCAGACGUAACCCUUGAC